AUGGCGUCAAAAUAUACUCUUGUUGUCUUAUUGACAAUUUUUAUACUAGAAACAUUCGCGCAAUUAUAUGAAGACAUACUAAAGCGAUACAACGAAUAUUGUGUUCGAAAACAGCAUCGGUGUAAUCCUAAAAGAGAAGACUUCGCGGUGUGUAAAUACGGCAAAACUGAAUAUGGAGAAGACUGUAAAAAUAAAAACGCAAAAAAUAUACAGUUUACGCAAGAGCAAGUAACUAAACUUUUGGAAACUAUAAACCAUUAUAGAACUCAGCUGGCCAAUGGUAUCUUAAAAUUCUCCACUGGGAAAUUUUAUCCAAAAGGAUAUGGAAUAUUUCGAGUGCACUGGGACAGCGAGUCUGCGGGCUUGGCACAGUAUAUUAGCUCUCGGUGUCAUGUCCCCACAAAAUUUUUGUGUAUUGAUUUAAAGCGGAAUUCGGGCACCUAUAUAAUUUUUGAAGAGUAUCGUAAAACAGCAUCGGAGGUAUUUAGUAGAGCAUUGACGCGUUUUAACCCGGAAAAAUAUGAAAGUAUUGACAAGAUGUUCAAUAGAAAUUUCUUUAUUUUGGGUGCAGUCAGUCACAUUGGUUGCGGAUGGACUACGUUUGUACAUGACAAAAAUGUAACGGACUACGUAGUAUGCAGGUAUAUAAAUACAAUUGCGCCCUACAUGUAUAUAACUCCCUUGUACAACACAACAGCGCCGAUAGCUGGACGUCAUUUCUCCAGAAAAUGUGGAUGUCCACUGUUCACCCUGGAGACGGAGAACUGCCUCUGUGAACAUGUCCCGCCACAGUCCGUCAAGUCCACCAAGUCUACAACACCAGCUUACGACCCGCCGAUGUAUAAAAACAAACGCCUGAGAGGACCCACGGAGGUCACCCAUUCAUCGGGACCACCACUUGACUCAUCAGAACUGACUCAGCCAGUCCUGACGAGUCAAUUCUUCAAGUACACAGCAGCUGUACCCAAGCAGAGCAGCAGGCAACGCGUGAUAAUACUGCUGCCCGUCAUCGCAGUUAAGAGAAGAACUACCACUGCCCUCGCGCCAGCUCUCAGCCGCGAGUUAUCAGUAUACACAUCGUCAGUAAACAAUUAUCCUACGCAGCCAACGGUUGCCUUCAGGAGACGAGAAACACAAAGCGUGGAAGACGAGCAUGUUAAAAACCCUGAAUUAUUUUUGCAAAAGUAUUACAAUAAUAUUGCAAAUCCUACGCGGAGAACCAACAUUCGUAGGAGAUAUAACGAUAUCGAAUCGACCAUCCCAUGGACUGACGUGAUUUGA